UUACCCACCAUGCCUUGCGCGCUUUCAAUCGGCAACAGCUCGGAUGUUGCGAUAUCAGCCAGAGAACGCCGUGGUCGCGCUGUGGACUUUUUAAAUGUCUUCUUUUUUUAAAUGAGCGCCCUUUGAAAGAAAAACCCGGGGCCACAUUUUCAGAGCGACAUUCGAAACAAAACGCUGGCUUGAGGUGGUUCGGCGUUGACGUAAACGGGCUACCGCGUUAAGCUAAGUCAAAAAAAAAAAAAAAAAAUCAGUUUUAUUGUCAGCUGGUGUAAUUAAAUGGCGAAAGGCGCCGCUGCGUGGCUCACGGCGCUCGACUGAGGAUGGGAAUGGUCGUCGAGGAAGGCCGUUUAUCACCGGGACACAUCGCAGCGAAAUGCCCUGUGGUCCUGAGGAGAACCUGGAUAACCUUACACGAAAUGUCAUAGCGCACCUGCAUUGAUUGCACACCGCAUCUCGGCUUUCGCCUGUGAUCCGUGAUUUUUUGGGGGAGAAGCACUAUGAGGAAGUUUUUCGAUUCCCGUCGGGAGUUGGUCAGCUCCGGACCGGGUUCCGGAGGCGGCAGCGGCUCCGGAUCCGGUCAUGCAGGAGGGAAUUUCAUCGGGAGGAACAUCGCCGUCGGCAAGCAUCAAGUCACCGUGGAGGAGAUCAUUGCUGAAGGCGGCUUUGCUAUUGUGUUCCUCGUGCGGACAAACCAGGGUGUGCGCUGCGCCCUGAAGAGGAUGUAUGUCAACAACGAGCACGAUCUGCAGGUGUGCAAGUGCGAGAUUCAAAUAAUGAAAGACCUUGUGGGGCACAAGAACAUCGUGGGUUAUCUGGACUCCAGCAUCACGGCCAUGGGGUCCAGGGAUGUGUGGGAGGUUUUCAUACUGAUGGACUUCUGCAAGGGAGGCCAGGUUGUUAAUUUGAUGAAUCAAAGGCUGCAGACGGGCUUCACAGAGGCCGAGGUGCUGCAGGUCUUUUGCGACACCUGUGACGCCGUAUCUCGCCUGCACCAGCGCAAGACGCCCAUCGUCCACAGGGACCUUAAGGUGGAGAACAUCCUGCUGCAUGACAAGGGCCAUUACGUGCUGUGUGAUUUUGGCAGCGCCACUAACAAGUCGCUGAGUCCACAGACGGAAGGCGUCGCCGCUGUGGAGGAAGAGAUUAAAAAGUACACUACUUUGUCAUAUCGUGCACCUGAGAUGGUGAACCUCUACAACAACAAGAUCAUCACCACCAAAGCAGACAUCUGGGCGCUGGGCUGUCUGCUGUACAAGUUGUGCUUCUUCACUCUGCCCUUUGGUGAAAGCCAGGUGGCCAUUUGCGAUGGCAGUUUCACCAUUCCGGACAACUCCCGCUACUCUUACGAUCUCCACUGCCUCAUUCGCUACAUGCUGGAGCCUGACCCAGACAAAAGGCCGGACAUCUACCAGGUGUCUUACUUUGCCUUUAAACUGGCACAGCGGACUUGCCCGGUUCAAAAUGUGAAGAAUUUGACAAUUCCCUCCAAACUUCCCGAGCCAGUCAAAGCGAGCGAAGCUGCUGCAGCCAAAAAGAACCAGGCCAAACCCCGACUGACGGAUCCCGUCCCCACCACGGAAACCUCCAUCACCCCUCGCCAGAGGCCCAAAGCGGCUCACACGCAGCCGAGCGCCGGCAUCCUCCCCAUCCAGCCGGCCGCCCUCACCCCGCGCAAGCGAGCUAAUCUCCCCGGUGGUGCAGCUCAGCCUGUCGGCGUCAGCUUAAACCUCUCCCAGCCCGCUGCAGCCCUGCAGUCACAGAAGGCGCAGACGUCCGCCCUGCCUGUCAUCCAGUCACAGAACAACGCCAUUCCAGCUGUAGCACAGAAGCAGCCGAUAUCAGGAGCAGAAGCUACAGCGGCCGUCGUGAAGCCCGCGUGUAAGCCCGACGUCCAACCUCAAGCCCAACAACAGGCCCCGCCUCCCCCAGGGACCGGCACCGCCCCCCAGCAGGCGGCGCCACAGACUCCGUCCAGCCCCGCCGCACCCCAGCGUCCCGCUCGACGCAAGCCGCCCGUCCAGGCUCAACAGUCGCCCAGCAAAUCAGCCCCCAAUCAGCCAUCAGCGGGCGAGCAGCAAUCAGUCGUGCAGGCUCACGCCGCUUCCACUGAAGUAGGCCAGAAGGCAGCUGAGACUACUGCGCCUGCUUCUCCAAAGACGUCGGAGGCGCAGAGCCACAGACGCGUCCCGAGUGAUCCCACAGCGAGCAGCGCCAAUGGAGUGGCCGACUCCUCACAGGGGGCAGAGGCAGACCUCGUCCACUCCCAAGCCGGCUCCAUCCAGCCCGCUCAUUACCAAAGCGAGAGCUCCGCGGCGCCCACAUGGAACCCGUUCGACGACAACGACGGCUUCUCCAACUUGACGGCAGAAGAAAUCAAGCCCGAAGACGCCAAGCCUGCUGAGCCGCCCUCAGGGUGCGAGACCCCGUGUGAAGAGUUGAUACCCGGCUUACAGACCUCGCCUGGGGAGAACACAUCGCAGGACUGUCAAGCAGAAAGAUUGUCAGCCAUUGUCGAUGCCGCUGAUUCAGGAGCGUCGCUGUUGAUAGUCCCCGAUCCGUUUCACACCCUGGAACUGUCCAACACACCGGAGAAGCUGAUUGAAGGUCUAAAGUCUCCAGAUGUGUCGUCGCUCCUGCUACCCGACCUGCUGUCUAUGUCCGAUCCGUUCGGCGGGGAAGUGGAGGACUCCGCAAAAGAACACGUCACUGCCGACGCCUCUUUGCUGGGCUGCUCUCUGAUCUCGGGCCCGUCCGCUCCUCCGCCAGCCACCAGCAGCGCCGCCUCCUCGGUGUCAUCCGCCUCCGCCUCCGCCUCCGCCGCUCUGGAUGAUUUCAGCCUGCUGUCUGGAGACUCUGCACCGGCCAAAAUAUUAGAUUCAUCUCUCCUCAUCUCUGACUUUGAGUCCCCGCAGCCGGCCAACCCCGAGGCGGCCACCGAGGACGAGUUUGACCCCAUCCCGGUGACCGGACGCAAGAACUCCCAAGUUUCAGGAGGCCACUCUCGCAGUAACAGUGGCGGCUCCGAGUCCAGCCUGCCCAGCUUGGCCCGCUCCCUCCUGCUGGUGGACCAGCUCAUCGACUUGUAGGCCACAAAACCCCCCUUCCCCCGUCUCCUCUGUCCCGGCAGUGGAUUAGAGAGCAUAGCGUAACGUAACAGCAGCCAUGUCUCCUUCUCCAUUCCUUCACCUCCUCAUCUCUUAAUUUCCUCUCAUCGUCUUCGACUAACACCAAGCUUCACCUUUUUGGCCACACCACAGGAACAUGGUUGUCAUGUACAAUAGGUACCCGUAGUGUUAAUAGGUGGAUGUAGUUCAUUGUGCACAAGUGAAUAUGUCGUCCUUUGCCUUCAUCACAUUCCCCCUCUCCCUUGAUUUAUUUGCACAUUUUUAGGUCUUAAUUGAAGGUGAAGUUGACAUUUCUCAAAACGGCACACAUAUCCAGUGCAACAUUUUUGUUGAAUCAUUUCCAUCCAAUGCAGGUUUUUCCCCCGCAACUUCUUUUAAUCACAAAGCAAUAAAGUCUUCUCUUAUCUGUUAAUAACAAAAUAGAUCAAUACUUACACACAUUUGCCUUGUUUUGCACCGUAGCGUGUCCCCCCCACUCUUGACAAUAUUGGAAAUAAAUGCGCUAAGUUAGUUGCCAUUAAAGUCGUCGGUUAUCUGCAUACUUGCCAACCUUCCCGAUUUUCCCGGGAGACUCCCGAAUUUCAGUGCCCCUCCCGAAAAUCUCCCGGGCCAACCAUUCUCCCGAAUUUCUCUCGAUUUCCGCCCGGACAACAAUAUUGAGGGCGUGCCUUUUGCAUCCUCUCUCUGUUAUGUCUUGACUAAGGGGAGGUGACGGCCAACAGACACUAGAGGAGAGUAUGUUCAAUAAUUUAUGAUAUAUAUAUAUAUAUAUAGUAAAUAUAUAUAAUAAGAAUAAUAAACAAUACUAACUAAUAAACUAAGGGAAUUAAGUGUGACAAAAAUCCAAGAGUGUGUAUGGUGUAACACUAUGUGUAGAAUUUAACUAAAGUGUGUGUUACCAAAGUGUCGAACGUGAUACGAAGAAGUCCAGGGGGCAGGCAGGUGAUCAGGGGCGAGAGCGAGGCGUCAAGAAUCCAACAAUAUUGAGGGCGUGCCUUUUGUUAU